AUGGCGACAACAACAGAACCACCUCAAGAUAUCAAGGCCGAUAAGACGGCAGACUUCUGCGAUGAUGUUAAAACUGAAGAUGAGCAAAUCGACGUCGAAGCAAUUGCCGAGCCCUGGCAAAAGUACAAUCUAAAUGGCACUCCCAAUGUCUUCUACCCCCUCUGCCUUGGAGAAGUGCUCGAUGAGAGAUACUUAGUAGAGCAUAAAAUUGGCUUUGGGGGCUUCUCCACUGUCUGGAUGGCCCAUGAUCUUAAGACAAAGAGAGAUGUAGCCCUCAAGAUAUUUUCCUUGGGAGAAUGGGGGGAACACGAAACUCACAUGCAGAAUGAGAUCCUGCAGAACGUGCAGGAUACUUCCAACCUUGUAACUUCUUCAGCAACCUUUCUACUUCCUGCUGGCAACCCAAAGUCUCAUCAUAGGGUCCUAGUGCUUCCGUUGGUGGGCCCAUGUAUUACAUCAUUUGUCUUGGACAGAAUGCCCCUGGUCACUCGUAUGUCUGCUGCUAAGCAAUUGCUGGAGGCCUUGGAAAAGAUGCAUAAAGCUGGCAUUAUACACCGUGACUUGAAUGAGAGCAAUUGCAUGUGGGGGAUGGUUCCGCUCCAUAAUCUCAGCAGGGCAGCUAAAUAUGAAGCACUUGGCCGGCCAUUAAAGGAGGUUAUACCCUAUGUCAACCUCUGGAGGCAGGGAGAGCUUGUUCAACCCAUUGAUGUCCCCCAGCACUUAUACACUGAGAAAUUCUAUCUUGGGGACUUUGGUCUAUCCAUGAAACUUGGUGACUUGGUGAUUCAAAAGGGUUACCCACCUAUGCCCUUUUGCUCCCCAGAUCGACUUCAUAGGCAAGGCCCAAGUUUCGCCUGUGACAUGUGGAGUUACAUGGUUAUCUUCGCACGAUUGUAUUUUGGUUUCAUACCUUUCCCAAACCAGGGUCGGGGUGAAGUAUCUAGCAUGGUCAAAUGUUUGGGCCCAUUACCUGAGCAAUGGAAGGGCCAUUACACCCACUCUGGAGCCCUGGAUUCCUGUCUUGCAGCAAAGAUUUCAAGAUAUCGUCCUGAAGCUGACCAGACUGAGCAAAAUCAUGUGCUCUCCAUUAUGUCCAAAGUUUUUACUUUUUGCCCUGAGAAACGUCUGACUGCGACCCAGCUUCUGCACGACCCUUCAUUCAAAGCUGUCAUGGAAAAAUAUGGUUGUUGA